UUCGUAAAGUGUUUUUGAAAAAUAAUUUACUAUAACUAUAAGUUGAAAUUGGCCUUAUAAUUAAAAUUCAUUGAAAGAUAUCAUCAGAUAUUGAAGUGGCGAAUAGAUUAAAUGAGAUUGUGAAGGCUUAAAAUCAAAAGCCUUAUCAGAAUUAUCGAAAUUUAGUGAAUAUCCGAGAUAUUUUUCUAUACAAUAUACACACACAUCAAUAAGAAGAAUGUAAAAGAAACGAUCCAAAAGUGAAUUCUCGAGAGUAAAAAAUGAAAAAAUUGAAGAAGUUUCUUUCAAAGAGUCUGAGUAUUGGUACAUCAUUAGGUGUGUAGGUGUUUCAUCGUGAAUUGUGAUUAAAAGAAAAUACAAAACAAGAGAAGAAAAUAAGAUCUUUUUCUUUACCUUCCUUCUUAUAAUAUAAGGAAAAAGAACGAAACAGCAACAAAACAUGCAACAUAAAAAAUGAUUGAAAAUACUUGAGCGAAAAAAAUCAUUAUGAUUCUUGUUCUGAAACACAUUCAUUGAAGAAAAUCAUAAAAAACGAAACAAGCUGAAGAGAAACGAGAACGCAAAACAUAUCGGGAAUAUUAAAUUGCAAUAAUCACUGCAUUGGCCGUGGCAGUUGCAUCAAAUUGCAUCACCACAAGAAACGAGCAAAGGAAGAGAAAAGAAAAAAAUAUCGCGACGAGUAAAACUUUAACUUUAAUUCUGUUUCCUUUACUUCGUAAAAGUCAACAAAAAUUGGGUGAAUUUCAUCGCAUCAAACAUUAGAACUCUUUUCAAGACAAUAAAAAAAAGACUUUAAAAACACAUCAAAAUGCCAAUUUUAAUGCAUAUUGCAUUACACAAAAUAAUUUCCUUCAAUCAAAGACUUAUGUUAUUACUGCUGUUGAUAAUCUCCAUUUGUUCAUUGCAUAAUGCAUUCGGACACGAUGAGUCGGGUUUGGGAACCUUCAUGAUUAAAUCUCCCGAGUCAACAGACGCUCCACCAGGUGAUGAAGUUCAACUUCAAUGUGAACUUAAUUUACCGCCAGAGAAGUUGGAAUUCCGAUUUCGACCGCAAAAUAGCAAUCCCGAGGAACGGGAUCUUCUGAUCAAUAUUCAUAAAAUGCCUGGCUACAACAUGACCACAAAAGAUCGUCUUUCAAAGCUUCAUGUGUUUGUGAAUCAAAAGACAGUUGGAGAUUAUCGAUGUGUGGCAUGGUUUGGUGCGUCAGCACACGCUUCAACAUCUGCAAAACUUCGAUUAGCAUCGAUAUCUUUGGAUAGUAAAGAAACUUACAAGCCUCUGAUUCAUUGGAAGAUUGCACCAAAGAACAGUCUCAUCAUUCGAUGUGGUGACGUUGUAUCUGCACCUGAUCCCGUAUGGAGCUAUUACAAAGAUGACGUGUUGUUACCAGCAAUGGAUCAAGCACAAAGUAAACUUGGUGGUUACAUCUUAAGUAACCUUACCACAUCUGAUUCAGGAAUUUACAGCUGUUCAGCAACAAACACUGUAACAGGAUCUGAGAUUAAAAUGCUUCAACGAUUUUCCAUCACUGUUGAAUCAACGCCAAGAAGUGCACCAACCUUUCUACUACAACCACCGUCAGUGUUUUCAGUAAAACCUGGUGAGAAAGUUCUCUUAGAAUGUCCUGGAAUUGCUAAUCCAGUUCCAAAAGCUACUUGGAGUAGUCCAGACAGAAAUUUAGAUUUCAACAGCAAUCGAAUAAAUGUUCUCGGUUAUGGACUUCAAAUUUCUGACAUUCGACCUGAUGAUGAAGGAACUUACAUUUGUCGUCUUGACAACGGCGAUAAUCCAGUUAAGGUGCACACAAUUAGACUGAAUGUACUUCAAAUGCCACAAAUUGACGAAGCACCAAGAACAUCAUUGACAAAUGAAAGCGAUCGUCUUGAACUUCAUUGUCGUGCAUCCGGCUCACCCGAACCAGAACUUUAUUGGAUGAUUAAUGGAGAGAAUACAAGAUUCGAUCCUUUAAUAACAGCAGUAGGUUCACGACUUAUUAUCCGUUCAGUUGAGAAGAAACAUGCAGGAAUUGUUCAAUGCUUUGCACGCAAUGAAGUUGGUGAAGUCAAUGAAGGCGCCUUACUUCAAGUAAAUCCAAAACAAAUUGAUGGCGAAGGCAAACCAAUCCCACUUGGAAUUCCACAAAAAUCAAGAUCGCGAAACAAUAAUCGAUCAUCAAAUGAGAGAAGAAAGAACAAAGGACCAAAUAUGCCGAGUGUGUCCAAGCCAAACAUCACUCGACUGAACGAUGAAUCUGUGAUGGUUAAGUGGUCAGUCGUUCCUUCAUCAACUGAUGGUUCUCUUCCCAUUCAGUUUUUCAAAGUUCAGUACAUGAUGGUGCCGUCUGAACAACGUCACAAAGGUCAAAAGUCGAAUGAAGAUUGGAUAACAUUGAACGAAGACAUUCCACCGCAUUUGCGAUCUUAUGAGAUUCAUCGACUUAAACUUGACCAUCAUUACAAGUUUAGAAUCUCAGCUGUUUACUCAAAUAAUGACAACAAACAAAGUCCCAUCCGCCGGUUUCAUCUGAAACGUGUUAAACAGAGCAGCAAAGCAGCACUUCCAAUACCAAACGACGUUCAAAUCUCACCAGUUUCAGAGACUGAGGUGACUGUACGAUGGUCUAUUCCAGAACCAUAUCAACAUAAUUUCGGUGGCUUUUACAUAAGUUACCGUCCCACAACAUCAGCUGAUGAAUAUGCGACAGUUUCAGCUGAAGGUCCACAUAAACGACACAUUCUGAUCAAACAUCUUGAACCAGGCAUGAAUUACGAAUUUAAAAUUCAAAGUUUCUCAUCAUUGACUGCUUCGGAAUUCAGUGAAAUUGUCAUGGGAAGAACUUUAAAACCAACUGCGCCUCCAACAACUCAUUCAACUGUAAAGCCAGAACAAGACGAUUCUAAGGGACAAUCUUCAUACUUGCCAUUAAUUGUCGGUGCCAUUGGCUUAUGUGCUCUAUUAUUCCUUAUCUUCUUGUUGGUUUUCAUCGCAUUAAAGCGUAGGCGCGACAUGGUCAAUGCUCAACGCGAAGAGCAAGAAAGCAAAUCAAAUCCGAAUCAUAUUCAAAACGAUACAACUGUGAAUGGAGGGAGAGGAUUAAGUCCACCGAUUCACCGUAAUCGUCUCAACGGAAUCAUCAGAAUCAACAUCACACCAAAUCCCCUUGAUGAAAAGAAUCAGAAUGACAUGACAUUGGGUAUUCCAGUGACGCCCACACAUCAAGCAACACCAAUCAAUGUCCAACAACUGCCGCCACUCGGCUCACACCGAAAGACUUUGGAAAGAAAUAUCCGCAACAAUCAUCAUAAUCAACUGCCUCCGAUUCCAAAUGGAAUGGUUGAGUCAACGAAGAUGAUGAUUGAUGGCGAUUUGGGAAUUCCAAUUGUACGAACAGCAUCAAUAAGGCGACAACCAUUGCGUGGCUCUAACAGUUCAAUCAACAACAGUCCGAGAAUUGUUAGGAAUCCAGGGAGACAUCAACGAUCACCAAUGCCAAUUCGAGCAUCAAAACGAAAACAAGACAUUGAACAAUCAACGGCAAGUCUCAACAGCGUUCACAGUAUUGACGUGUGAAAGUUGGAAGAAGUUUUGCAACAAAGUUCCUUAAACAAAUAAGAAGAAUUUCAAAUCUUCUUCUCAACCAAGCAAACAAGUUUCAUCCUUCUUGCUGGUUUCUCGACCAAUGUCAUUUCAAAAAUAAUUUAAAGAUUUUUUUUUAAAGUAAAAAAACCAAAAUGUGAUACUAAGAAAUGAUUUGAAACAAUGUGCGUGACACUUAAUAAUGAUUUAAGCUUUCGAUGAAGUUUCUUAAUUGAAAUAAAUAAGAAGAAAAAGAUUUCGAUGUGAAACAAGUUUCUAAAAUUCAUAUUUAAUUGACUUGAAUGUAAGUUUAAGAAUGAUUUUAAUUUAAAGCUGAAAUAUAAUUUGAAGCUUAGAGCCAAAGUCACAAAAUCCACAAAACAAAGAUCGGCUCUCUUAAAAGACUUAAAGAAGAAGUUCGUUCUAAAACUUUGAAUAAAUUUAUUGAAAUUGCGCAAGGCAAUAAUCCGUCCUUAAGCAGAAAAGAAAUGAUUGUUGAGUUCAUUCCCCUUCUUGAUAUUUAAUCAAUUUAUGUAGAAUCAUCUCGAAUUGAACUCUUCAAUCAACACAAGAAUCAAAAGAAUUCUUUUAUGAUGAAGAAAAUGAAUAAAACUUUUUUUUCUGCUGAAAAUUUACUUAAAGACUGUAAAUAGAUGAAAGUAAUAGAUUAGUUUUUUUAUAAUAAAACUUAGUUAAAUUAAUGUUAUUUAAAAAAAUGACGAACAAAAGCAUUCAUCACGAAAUGUUUCUUCUUUCUUUUAAAGCAACAAUUAAAGCUUAAUUU